AUGGAGACGCAGAGCAAAAUUGAACUCCGACAAUGCAACAAUGAAACAGCUGCCUCGCCGAUGUCAAAGGAAGAGCAUUUCCAGUGUACUGUGUGCAACAAGAAAUUUACGAGAAGUGGUAAUCUCCGCAGACAUCUUCGAACCCACACAGGAGAACAGCCUUUUGAGUGUGCUGUGUGCAACAAGAAAUUUAACCGGAGUAAUGGUCUCCGCUCACAUCUUCGAACACACACAGGCGAACAGCCUUUUGAGUGUAGUGUGUGCAACAAGAAAUUUGCAGAUAGUAGUAAUCUCCGCACACAUCUUCGAACCCACACAGGAGAACAGCCUUUUGAGUGUACUGUCUGCAACAAGAAAUUUACGAAUAGUAGUAAUCUCCGCACACAUCUUCGAACCCACACAGGAGAACAGCCUUUUGAGUGUACUGUCUGCAACAAGAAAUUUACGAGUAGUAGUAAUCUCAGCACACAUCUUCGAAGCCAUACAGGCGAACAGCCUUUCGAGUGUAGUGUGUGCAACAAGAAAUUUGCAGAUAGUAGUGGUCUUCGCUUACAUCUUCGAACUCACACAGGAGAACAGCCUUUUGAGUGUAGUGUGUGCAAGAAGAAAUUUACGGGUAGUAGUAAUCUCCGCACACAUCUUCGAAGCCACACAGGCGAACAGCCUUUUAAGUGUAGUGUGUGCAACAAGAAAUUUGCAGAUAGUAGUAAUCUCCGCUCACAUCUUCGAACCCACACAGGCGAACAGCCUUUUGAGUGAAGUGUGUGCAACAGGAAAUUUACGAAUAGUAGUACACAAACAUCUUCGAACUUACUGAGGAGAACAGCCUUUUGAGUGUACUGUGUGCAACAAGAAAUUUACGCAUACUACUGGUCUCCGCACACAUCUCCUAACUCUCACAGGAGUGGUUUUUGAGUGUACAGUGCGUCACAAGAAA